GAACCUUCUCCUCCUCAAUCAACCACCAAUGGCCAACCACCACCGCGACGACGUCUUCGGAACUCCGGUGUUAGAUGACCAAGCACACAGCCUCCUUCAAAGCAUAUCGGAAGAAGGUGGUUAUGCUUAUGUGAGUAUGUCAACACGCGCCGCUGCCGGAGACAUUCGAGCUGCAGAGGCGGCGCGUGAGAUGGCGUGGGAGCAACUUCACUCCGGUCCCUGGCACUCGGUGCUGCCUGUGUGGAGAGACGCGUACUCGAUGGCGUGUUUGCACGUCGCCAAAUUUCAUUAUGCUAAUGGUGACUUCAGAGAGGCGCUUAGGGUUUUAGAUAUGGGAUUGAUAAUGGGAGGGAUGGUUUUGCGUAAGGAUUUGGAUUCGGCUGUGGAAAAGGCGACGGAGAGAGCGAAUGCUCUUCUUAGGGUUUCGGAAGAAUCUGUUAAUGGCUCUGCUAAUGCUAAAUUGCUAACAAAUCAAAAUGCAAUUAACUUGAUGGAGGUCGUUCAAAGCUUACCCAAGAGGUCAUUGUCUUGUAAACUUGUUGGGAAGAGAUCUGCCCUUUCAUUGGAGGGAUUUAUGCGUGACUAUUUCCUCUCGGGUUCACCAGUUUUGUUAAGUGAUAGUAUGACUCAUUGGCCGGCUAGGACCAAGUGGAAUGACUUGAAUUACCUUAAAAAGGUUGCUGGCUACCGCACAGUUCCCGUCGAGAACAUCUUGCAGGUUGGAAAAAACUAUUUAUGCACUGAUUGGAAGCAAGAGAUGUUAACAUUCUCUGAGUUCCUUGAGAGAAUUCAGUCCAAAAGUUCUGCCGCCCCUACUUAUUUAGCCCAACAUCCCUUGUUUGAUCAGAUACAAGAGCUAUGGAAUGAUAUUGUCAUCCCUGACUACUGUUUUGCUGGUGGAACUGAGAUGAAGUCGGUUAACGCAUGGUUUGGUCCAGCUGGGACAGUGACACCAUUACACCAUGACCCCCACCAUAAUAUUCUUGCUCAGGUUGUUGGAAAAAAAUACGUCAGGCUCUAUCCAGCUUCGUUGUCUGAGGAGCUUUACCCACAUUCUGAAUCCAUGUUGAAGAAUUCCAGCCAGGUCGACCUGGACAACAUGGAUGCAAAUGAAUUCCCAAAGAUCCAAGACCUGGAAUUCGUAGACUGCAUUUUAGAGGAAGGCGAGAUGCUUUAUAUCCCUCCCAAAUGGUGGCACUAUGUUCGAUCUCUCACUACAAGCCUUUCGGUCAGUUUUUGGUGGAGUGCUGCACCAAGCUCACCAACAUCCUGAUUUGGUAAACCGACUUUAGCUUCUGUGUUAAAUUUUUAUAUAUCAGGUAAGUCAAUUCAAGUUACCAAAUUGUCAGCAAUCAUUAUUAUUAUUAUAUCAGUGGAAUUGUUCCCUUUUCAUUGCGAUGCUACUGGUACAUUCUUAUUAAAACUUAUUCCUUCUGAAUAUUAGGGGUUCAUAUAUGUAGAAGAAAAGCCAAUCUCUUUCUUUGAGAGGCUUGUAACAUUGUACAAUCUCUUUCUUGUUAAUUCUAUCCAUUUUAAGUCUAA